GUGUUGUGUGGAACGAUUAGAGUUUGACAAAUUGUUUUUGAUUAAAAUGAAGCUUUUGAUCGUACUAGCGCUGGUAGCAUCCACCUACGGGUAUCCGCAGCAUGAACAUCACGAUCAUCAUGAACAUCACGAAACGAGCACCUACAUUCCCAUCCUGAAGUACGACAAACAGCAAGGCGAAGAUGGCAGCUAUCGGACCAUCUACCAGACGGGCAAUAAUAUCGUUCACGAGGAGUCUGGAUAUCUGAAGGACGCUUCGGAAGAUCAUCCCAAUGGUAUUUUGGUCCAGCAAGGUGCCUACUCAUACGAAGCCCCCAACGGUGACGUCAUUCAAGUGCAGUAUACUGCCGACGAAAAUGGAUUCCGUGUGCAGAGCGACAGCCUGCCCACGCCACCCCCAGUACCGCCAGCAAUCCAGGAAGGACUCAAGGAAAUCUACGAAGGCAUCAAGCGCCGAGAGCAGGAAGCCAAAAACAAUCCCAAGUACGCGGAGGAUGAAGCCAAGCGGGCCCAGCUGGACUACAACGGACAGUACUAUAACCAGUAG